CAGUGGAGAAGCAGCAAGCUAAUAAUAAACGCGGGAGAGAAAGUAAGCAUCUACCACACCCAACGACAGAUCUUGGAUUCUUGAAGUAGCUGCGUAAAGUCAGCCUCCACCACACCCACCAGCUACCGUUGCCAACUCAAUUCACUCUCAUUAAAUUACACUUUCCCUUCUCUCUCACUUUCUUCACACGCCCACCACUUCUUCAAUUGGAGCUGCUGGGCCCAGCUGCCUUUUUGGUUCGCCCUGGAGCAGAUCCAUCUUCAUUUUCUUACGUCUCUCAAAAGUUGUCUUUUUCUUGAUAUCAAUCACUCCCAGUUUCUCUCUCACGUUUUCAAAAAAGGGGGAAAAGUAAACAGAUGGGCGGUGAAGGGAAAGUUUUCACCUUGGCUCAAGUGUCUGAGCACAACAAUCCCAAAGACUGUUGGUUGGUUAUCGGCGGCAAGGUUUACGAUGUGACAAAGUUUUUGGAAGACCAUCCUGGUGGUGAUGAGGUUCUGUUGUCUGCUACAGGGAAAGAUGCAACUGAUGAUUUUGAGGAUGUGGGUCACAGCACCAGUGCCAGAGAAAUGAUGGAUCAAUACUAUGUUGGAGAGAUUGAUCCUUCAACCAUCCCCAAGAAGACUGCAUAUAAACCUCCAAAUCAACCUCACUACAACCAAGAUAAGACCUCUGAGUUCAUCAUCAAGCUCCUGCAAUUCCUGGUUCCCCUAGCUAUACUGGGAUUGGCUUUCGGCAUCCGCUUCUACACAAAAUCAACCUAACGACCACGAAGCACCGUCAUCAGAAAGAACAUUUCAGAAUUUAUUGCUGUUAUUAGAGCCUGUGCCUUUAUCCUAGCUUAGUCUAGCAGUUAAAAGCUUUGUUUUUAUGGGGUCUCUUUGAAAUCAUAUAGUCCAGCUCCAGGUUAUUGGAAGUGAAAGACAGUAAUUAGUGUUAUUUGACGUUCUCAAGUUCGGUUUUUCAGUUGAAAUUUGCAGACUCUUGUCGCA